CUCAUACAGCUCAGGUCCUCCCAAGCUCCUCCCUAUAUCUCUCUCCUCCCAUCCCCCAAACCCUAAUCCCCGGCGUAACAGUAUAACACAACUGUCUCUCUCCUCCCUCCCCCUCACUCUUUCCCUCUCUCUCUCUGAAGCGCGCAGCUUUCAAAGCGUUGGGAGAGAUGGCAGAGGAGACGCAGCCAGAGGCCGCAGCCGAGGCCGAGGUGGUCGUGACCGAGCCGGCGCCGGCGCCGGCGGAGGCGGAGGUGCCUGCGGCAGCAGAUGCCGAAGCCGUGACCGAAACGGAGAAGAAAGCCGAUGAGCCGGCGGUCACCGCCGAUGACGCGGGAAAGGGGACCGGCUCGUUCAAGGAGGAGAGCAACCUCGUGGAGGACUUGCCCGACCCGGAGAAGAAGGUGCUCGACGAGUUCAAGCACCUGAUCGCUGCCGCUCUCGCCGCCGGUGAGUUCAACCUGCCUCCCCCGCCGCCGCCGCCGAAGGCCAAGGAGGAACCCAAGGCCGAGGAGACGAAGACGGAAGAAUCCAAGACCGAGGAUCCGGCCGAAGAAGAGCCUAAGGCGGAGUCUGCGGCGGAGGAGCCCAAGGCCGAGGUAGCUGCGAAUGCCCCGGAUGAGGAGGUCAAGACGGAGGUGCCGCCGGUCGAGGAGGCCAAGGCUGAGACAGUGGCUGUGGAAGCCAAGCCUGCCGAGCCCGAGCCGCAGGAGAAGACCGUCGUGGUCGCUGAGGAGGAGCCUGCCACCAAGACGGUGGAAGCAAUCGAGGAAAGCGUCGUGUCCGCCGACGAGGCGGCCGCGCCUGAGCCCGUGCUGGUCUGGGGCGUGCCGCUGGUGGGCGACGACGAGCGCACGGACACGGUUCUGCUCAAGUUCCUGCGAGCGCGGGAGUUCAAGGUGAAGGAGGCCAUGGCGAUGCUCAAGUCCGCGGUGCUGUGGCGCAAGCGCUUCGGCAUCACCUCGCUCCUCGACGCCGACCUCGGCCUGCCGGAGCUGGAGAACGUGGUGUUCUACCGCGGCGCCGACCGCGAGGGCCACCCCGUGUGCUACAACGUCUACGGCGAGUUCCAGGACAAGGAUCUCUACGAGAAGGCCUUCGGCGACGAUGAGAAGAGGGAGCGCUUUCUCAAGUGGCGCAUCCAGCUGCUGGAGCGUGGCAUCCUGUCGAAGCUGGACUUCUCGCCCAACGGCAUCUGCUCCAUGGUUCAGGUUACCGACCUCAAGAACUCCCCGCCCAUGCUCGGCAAGCACCGCGCCGUCACCCGCCAGGCUGUCACGCUGCUCCAGGACAACUACCCCGAGUUCAUUGCCAAGAAGGUGUUCAUCAAUGUGCCGUGGUGGUAUCUCGCUGCCAACAAGAUGAUGAGCCCGUUCUUCACGCAGCGCACCAAGAGCAAGUUCGUUUUUGCUAGCCCAGCCAAGUCAGCAGAGACUCUAUUCAGAUACAUCGCACCGGAACAAGUUCCGGUCCAAUUUGGAGGCCUUUUCAAGGAGGAUGACCCUGAGUUCACAACCUUGGACACUGUCACUGAGCUCACUAUCAAACCAUCGUCGAAAGAAACCAUUGAGAUCCCCGUCACCGAGAACUCCGCGAUUGUAUGGGAACUCCGGGUGCUCGGUUGGGAGGUGAGCUACAGCGCCGAGUUCACCCCUGACACCGAGGGUGGGUACACUGUCAUUAUACAGAAAACAAGGAAGGUGCCCGCUAACGAGGAACCAAUCAUGAAGGGAAGCUUCAAGGUAGGCGAGCCCGGCAAGCUUGUGCUAACUGUGAACAACCCUGCAUCCAAGAAGAAGAAGCUCCUUUACAGAUCAAAGGUCAAGAGCAUCAGCGAGUGAGUGAGUGAGUGAGGUUGCUGCUAGCUGCCUGGGUCCUAGAGUUAAAUGAUGUACCACAGUUCAUCUCAGCAUGAUAGAAGAGAGGAGAAGCCUUUUGGUUUGGUUCGUUAAUUUAUUGGGUUUUGCUGGCUUUUGGUU